AGAAAAUACCACCUUCUUCCUCUCGUUCGUUCAUACUCACACACGCUCUCAUUCGCGGGGGGCUCAAGUGCCUCUCUGAUGUCGUCGGUGAGAAGUAGUAGUGAGGCUCUACUGUACAUAGGUAAUAGUACUAGUAAGGAUGUCGACCAGUUUCGAUUUCAGUUUCUCGUUGAAGUCUCCCGACGUCUGAAGGAAACCUACUUUCAAACGCUGGAUUUCUUUGACAGUGCUCCUGAGAAGCGAUAUCUAUUCUCGGGUCCCAGAGCAAAAGUUGCAUGAGGCAUACGUUCCACCGUAAACGUUGAGAACGACAAUUCAUAGUCAAAUGGAUGUGGGGGAAACCAUCCAAGCUUGACGGAGUCCCGAAUGAUCGGAUUGAAAAUGAGACUGUGAGAUAGUGAGAUACAUAGUGGGACAGUGAGAGUUUCUUUCUUGAUGUUAGCACCAAGCAAAGUGUUAAUUGGCGGUUCAAGAGCAAGAAAAUGUACGUAAAGAUGUCUCUCCGAUUUGAAGAAUAAGAACCAUUCUCCUAAACCAUCAUCAUGGAGUGAAAGUAUCUUGAACGAGCUCCUCCAGUUAUCUAUCAGAAUGAGUGCUCAUCAGAAUGCGGUGCAUGGCCUACUUUUGGCCAUGAUGGUCCUGCAUAAUCUGAAUGGGGUCCAAUGUGGCCUCAAGACCUAUUGUCUGGCCAAUGAGAACGAGUGUGACGAGAAUUGGACCCCAUUUCCGAACAUGGCCAGUGCUCUGGUGGGCUAUGACUUGCCCAAGGGAAACCCAUUCGCCACUCUUUCCAUCGAGGAUCCCGGAUUGCGCAAGCAGAUCUUCAAUGCCACCUUUGAGGAUGGCGAGGAUUACGUGUUAGAAUCCGGGAUCACAGCCCGGGAAUACAAAAUGUGCGAUACGGAAUUCACCAAUCGAGGAGCCACCAACAUGAGAGGCUACGAAAAGGCUGCCAGUGUCUCGUCAUCAGCGGGAUUUGGCUUCGAUAUCGGGAUCGAGGCUGAAGAGGACGGAGGACGCCAUGAAGGCCAAUUGCCUCCUGUGGUUUCAAUUGCUUGGCAAAAGACCAAAGAGUAUGAGGCUGUCCGACAAUUCAUCUUCAAGACUCGCGGAGCCAUUGUGAUCUCGGAAGCUCAAUGCAUCACGCAUAAGGUGGAUGUUAGUCAUUUUCUGACUCCCGGUUUCCAUCCAGCCUUCAUCGAGGUCCUCAAGUUUCUCGAGAAGCAGAACUCGACGAUCCGCCAAGAGCGAGCCUUCAAGAGGUUCAUCCGAGAUUAUGGCACCCAUUACGUGUCCUCGGCCUACAUGGGCGCCAAGUUGGCCUCCACCGUAUUCUACACCAACUACGAAAGGCUGAAGUAUGGCCGUCAAAGGCUGUUCAAUUGUUCUGCUGAAAAUGCUUUCAAGUCCUUUAAACUGGGAGGAUCCGAUUCUGAGGAUGAUAGUUCUGCAGGUGAUUCCACUGAUGAGGACGAUGACACAUCCGAGGACCCCAUGAAGUCCAUGAAAAUGAAGCGUUGUCCAGAUAUUGAUAACCUCGAUCAGGAUCGUGUCCUUAGCACAACUUUCAGUGCCAAACCCGAGGAAGAAGAUCUCUCCAAAUGGGGGGAACAAGACAUCAAACCCAUUCCAAUCAAAUUUGAGUUGACACCCAUUGUGAAUUUGUUCACCAAAGAGAACUUGGAUGAUCGACUGAAUGUCAGUUCUUCGGAGAUUUUGGAUUGGUUUCUACCUUUGUAUCUCAAGUACUGCUUGAUAUUUGACCUGCAAUGCACGGUCGAGAAGGGUUGCGGAUUCAAUGACGAUUGCGAAUUCGACGAGAACUGCAUUUUGGAUCGAAAUGUAAAGAAAGGAUUUGUUUGUAAAAAAACAUCUUGGGCGGAUGUCGCUAAUUGGCCCCAAUUACCCGUCCAGGCGAAAACCGAUGACGUGGAACCAAGAUCAGUGGUUGGAUUCGAACCGGAUUCGCCGAACAUCAGUUGGUUUUUUGACAAGGAUCUGGACCAGAGUGGAAGUUUGAGUGUAUCGGAGCUUUGGAUUCGAUACACCGAGCACAAUUGGUACAACCAAAGAUAUCAAAAUGCCAUCGAAAAACUCAUCCUUGUGGCAGAUUCCGAUUUUGAUCGGUCCAUUGACAUGGACGAGUACAUCAAGCUCCACGAGACACAUCCGUGGUAUUCGGAGCAAAUCACCUUUAUGUUGAUGAAUACAGACAAUAACGAUCAUUUGUCCCGCCAGGAGCUCUUGGAGGCCUCCAAAAUCUCCCCGGAUAUGCACAAUCUAGGUUUCAAUCAAAAGCAGCUUGAAAAUCUUAUUGAUGGCUUGGUGAAGAUUGGCGAUAAGAACAAAGACGACAAAAUCACUUUCGAGGAGUACGUGUCGAUGUCUCGGGAUGUUUUCGUGGACAAUUUCGCACCAAAUGUGUUCAAGCGAAUCAUGAAAAAUAGAUAAUUAG